GAGAGAAAAAAAUGCAGCUUGGACAUUCCCAGGCUGGGAAAUACAGCGGAGAGUGUUGGAGGGGAAGAGAAGAGGAGGACUGUUGUUUUUAGACGCUCUGAUUUCUGACAAAAGGUUUGAAGGAGGGAAGAAGGAUCACAGAAGAAGAACUCAUGGAGGCUGUUUGAAGUGUGAGGAGAAAGUUUUACGGAGAAUGUGGAGAGGAAGCGUAUCCAGGAAAGGAGCUGAGGACGAUGUAGGAAUUCCUGACUGAAGUCAUGGGUUCGGAGGCUAUGGAGGACUGUGUGCAGGGGGCGCUGUCGUCACUUUAUCCUCCGUUUGAGAGCACGGCGCCACCCCUCCUCUCCCAGGUCUUCUCAGUGCUGGAGUCGACCUAUCAACACGACAGUCUUCGCUACCUCCUGGACUACUUCGUACCUGCCAAGCACCUCCUGCACAAACUCCAGCAACAUGCCUGCUCUCAGUAUCUGGGCUGCUUGUUCCUUCACUCCGGCUGGCCUCUCUGUCUGGGCGAGAAGGUGGUGGUCCAGCUCUCCACUUUGGACUGGAGGUUACUGCGCUGUAAUGACUUUUACCUGCAGGUGGUGCCCUUCUCUACGCGGUGCCCUAGACUGGCCCUGAAAUGUCUGGCCCCUGGGGGGCGCACUGUUCAGGAAAUCUUGGUGCCUGAGUCACAGCACCCCCUUGUGUUCACCAGUGAGUGGCUGCAUAGUGUCAACAAAGAACGAGGUCACAAGAGAGAAGUUGGAGGAGGACUUGACACCUGUCUGGUCAGCACAUGUGACGGUGUCGUCAGACUUCCAUGGAAGGAGGUUGUCUACCCGAAGUUCAUCCAUGACCCUUCUGAAGAGCUAGGUCUGAUGUCCAACCACGAAGGCCUCUUAUCCAACCGCCUGCCCAGUGAGGGGGGCAGCAGCCUCGGGGGCUGGGGUGGCUCAUCCUCUGGGGAACUGGACUCCUGGUCCUGGGAUGAGGAAGAGGAUGAUGAUUUACCACCAGAUGGUUUGGACUCUGACCCUGCACUCCCCCGACGAAGGCGCAGUGAAGAUGGGCUUGGGCGCACAGCGAGGCCUCAGCUUGACGGGGAUUAUGUGGAGCUUUUGGAACCCAGAGGGGGUCCUGAUGGAGGGGUUGACCCAAGGCAGAGGUACCUAGAGAUGCACGGGAUCUGUAAGACCAAGACUUUACCUCUGUGCAGGAGAAGCAAGGCCAUCAAGCUUCGCAAAGGGAAAGCUUGGGGAUACGGGAGAGCGGAAAGGUCAGGAAGCUUUCGGGCUGUUCUUGGCACCAAAGGAGAUGUGGUGACACCUAAGGGUGACGUGGUGACAGCACAACCUUCAGCAGGAGCUGCUGAACCUGGCAGAGGGAGGCGGUGUUACUCCUCCUCUGUCCAUGACUCUGAUGAAGGAGAUAAAACAAGCAGAGACUCAGAGGGCCUAGAAAGGCACCGUCUUUACUUGGAUGGCCCAUUUAAAGAGAGAAGGCCCGGCGUGGGCAAGGAGAGAGAUAGCAACAGCCUCACACAGCCGUGCAGAGACGACCAGAAAACUAUAGACUCCAAGAGUAGUGACUGUUCAGUCACGACUGAAAUCCAUGAAUUAACAAACCACAAAGCUGGUCAUGUAGUAGAGGGCCACUCGGAUCAUGGAUCUCAGUCUGACUCUGUUUUCGAGGAUACUGAUAAACCACUGAGCGGAGACAGCGACGCUACAACGCCAACGUCAGACGCACCGGAGAGACCAUUCACUGGAGUUUCAGAAAGUGAAGAGAUUACCAACAGUGGGUCCAAAAUGAAGAGUUCAUCCAACCCAAAGGUCACAGACGAAAAGACUGAAGGAAAGACAGACAACAGAGUGUGUCCAAGAGGAAAAGAAGUGAAAACGGCAGGAUUCAGAGCGCCACGGAGGAAAAGGAAGGGAAAGGGGGCCAAAGGGAGGGCUAGGUCUGGUGGACGAAUCAACCAGAAAGCUUCGAAACUGCAGGGUAAAGCUCCUCAACCGAGUCCCACCACCUGCUCUGCUCCGACAAAGCUGCCUGUCACCGAAGAGAACCAGUCGGAGAAAACAGAACAGAAACCUGAUGGAGUGGACGUGACAACUGAUAAGGGGGCAGAGAAUACUAAGAAAAGCAGCACAGAGACAGAAGCUGAACCAUUGCCUGUGUGUAAUGGCCAAUCAGGCGCAUCUUUCUUUAACCACUCGAAUGAAGAGGCUGGGUCAGGAGAGGCAUGUCCUGACCAACAAAAUGGGGUUAAAUCCAAAGAACCGCCCCUGCUGAGGGAACUGGAUGCAGACUUUCUCCAGUCAGGGAAGCUAAAGUUGACAGGUAUGGUGGACCGGCUGGGGCGUGCUCUGGUCCUCAUGGAGACAGAUGCAUCUGAGGAGGGUUACUGUGGGGAGGAGAUGGCUCGAGUCCUGGCCUGCUACCACAACAUCACUCGGCCUGCAGCCAAAGAAAAAGGUCUGACGGUGUUAAUGGACAGCAGACGCUCUCUGCCCUCCACUCUCUGCCUCUCUGCACUUAAACUGUUCCAGGUGUUGGUCCCUGGCGGUCUCGGAUCUGUUCUGGUUUUAGUGGAAGAGCAGCAGGAGCCUCUUUCUCAGACUCUGGAGGGAGCAGAGGUCCACACAGUGAGAGGAACAGCUGUCCUUCAGCAAUACGUAGACAAGCAACAGCUGCCCAAAGACAUGGAUGGAGAUUUUACCCACUGUCACUCAGACUGGCUGGCCUUCAGACUGAGUCUAGAGAGUCUGACGGAGCGCUGUGAGAGCGCCCUCUCUCUGCUCGGAGAAGCACUAGAGUCUAUGGACACUCAGCCGAUGCCAGACAACAUAAAGGCUGUUCCUCAGAGCAUCGACAAACACAGACAGCUCAUGGUGAGCGUCCUCGCCGACCAACGGCUAACGGAGCUGCAGCAAAGAGGCGGAGCCUGGCUGGCAGGACUGACCAAUAGUGCAUCUGGACUGGCACAGAAAUCACCAGACUGCAGGGCUGCUCUCGCCGCGACCUCGAAACUCUACGACAGCGUGGACGACGCUCUGCAUCGACUUGUCCGAGUGUCCAACCAGAGAGGUCGCGACCUGGAGGCUCUGGGACGGCUGGCAGGGCUGGUGGACAAACUGGAGAAGUGUGACAAGGAGAUUGAGCAAGUCCAGUCCCAGCUGGAGGACUACAAAGACCCUCCCCUGUCGCUGAGCAGACUCUCCCUCAAACAGCAGAAGUUCAAGACGUUCAGAGAAACUGCCAAUGAGCUGCACAGUGAGACUCUGUCGGUGCUCAGUGAUUUGGAGGGCUGGUGCGAGUUGGACUGGGCGGGCCUGAGCGACGUCCAGAUCCGCCUUCCUCCGGUCAGAGAGAAGCUCAGAGACAUGUCCCACUGUCUGUCCGACUGCUGGACCACCCUGGACAACACCCAGAGGCUGCUGUCCACUCUGACUGAGGCGACUCAGUGGUGUGAUGCCGUCUCCACCACCUCCUGCUCCCCGCCUCCCUCCUCUCCCACCUGCCCUCUCGCCUCCCUCCCUCCCAUCCCCCCGUCCCGUUUCCAGGACGCUCGGUCCUUGGCGAUAGAGCUGGGCGGCGGGCAGCUCCUGGAUCUCUGGACGCAGACGGUGGAGCGCUACCAGCGGACCGUGGCUCAAGUCAAGCCCCGUUUCCUCCAGUCUGACAGGACGCAGCAUCAGAACCAGGCCAAGGCCAAGACGCCCUCCGCCAGCAGCCUGUGGGACCUGAUGGGCCCCGAGGGAGAGGGCGACUGGGGGCUGGGGGCCGGAGGAGGGGAAGGAGGGCUGCAGUCCUGGGGGUCUCUGGCGUCGCUGUUCAGGCCGCAAACCUGCUCCACGCUGAAGAUAGGAGACGAUAAGGGGAACAAGAAAGAUGGAGCCGGAGGAGGAGGAGGAGCAGGAGGAGCUGGAGGAGGGAAGUUUCUGCAGAAUCUUCUCAAUCCUGCAAAGAAGAGCCCUACAGAUGCCCCACUUCCACCCAAGCCUCCCAGGAAGCGCCACCCAAGCUUUGACCUCCAGGCCCUCUUGGCCCCCCGUAGAGGCGCCUCCACCCCCAAACCGGCCGAGUCCCCUGUGGGCGGGCCGAGCCGUAACUCCCCCAUGUCCUGGCUGGGUAGACGGGCGAUAGCUGACCCGGUCAUCACCACCAGCAUGGCCGCAGCCAUCCCCGGCUGGGGCAGCGGAGGAGGAGGAGGAGGAGGAGGAGGGGUGCUGAUCCGAGGCGUGGAGGUCAGCAGCAAGGAGGUGGUGGACCACACGGGGUCGCCACGGCAACACGUCCUGCUGGGGAGGACGGAAAGGGAGACGGGGACGGACAGGGCCGGUUCAACUGCACAGAGUAAGCUCUACCUGCUCUGGUGCAGGAUGCUGAGCUCAGAGAGGCAGUACGUGACGGUUCUAAAGGGGGUGGAGGAGACAUAUCUGCCCCUCCUGGAGCUCUCAGACACCCCGGCCUCCAUCAGGGGGAAGGCAGACUCGCUCUUCCCCAACUGGGCCAGCCUGUGCAGCUUCCACUCGCAGAACCUGCUCCCUGCCAUGGAGGGCGCUCUGGUGCAGAGCUUGUUGCAACAGGACUGCUUCAGCAAAUAUCGGGAGCAGUUCCUGCAGUACUCCCACUACAUCAGGAAUAAACCAGAACUGGAUUCCCUGUUGGUCACACAGGCGGCUGACUUCUUCAAGUCCAAACUCCCCCUGGCCUCCCCCUUGUCCCCCCUGUCCUUCCCUCACUGUCUCCAGGCUCCCAUCCAGAGACUGGAGCAGUACUGCGAGGCCCUGGAGGAGCUGGGGGGGAUAAACCCUGCCUCCGACUCCGCCCUCUCCAUCCUGAGACACGCCCAGCGGCACGGCGAGGACCUCCGGGCCAGUGACCUCAUCGUCGGAUGUCCGAUCCCGGCGGCGGAGCGAGGUGAGCUGGUGCGGCAGGGCGAGCUGACGGUGUGUGGAGGCGGUCGCAGGAAGCGGGCCGGCGUCAGGAACGUUUUCCUCUACCAGCACAUGGUCAUCUUCACCAAGCAGAAGAGCCCUGGGCCGGGACGCAUCGCCUACAGCUACAAACACAGCAUCAAGACGGGUGAGAUGGGUCUGACUCAGAGUGUUGGCGAGGAGGGACUGAAGUUUGAAGUUUGGGUCCGAACGGCUCUGAGAACCAAAGACUGCAUCACGCUGCAGGCACAGGACAGAGAAGGCAGACAGGCCUGGACUCAUGAUAUCGCCCAUCUGCUGUGGACACACGCCAUCAACAACACAGAGCUGUGUCUCAAGGAGUCUCUCUGCAUGGGAGUUUCCAGUAAGCUUCUCCUGGAUGCAAGUGGAACUCAAAGCUCAGAGCUGGACUCCAUCUACAGCCUCAAUGACAGAGUCCACAGUAGCUGCUCAGACUCCUCCUCUGUUGGGAGUCAGAAGGAGGGGGGAUCCCCAGCAUCUGGGAGGGACCCCAGGAGAAGUUCUGGAUCAACAAGCUACUCACAGAGUCAGUCUCCCUCCACAGCUGUGUGACUGUCAUCUCAAUAACAAAACUGGACCUUUUUGAAGCUUUAAACAUCUCUAUUCCACCUCUGGGGGAGCCGAGCCAGACUUCGAGGAGCAAGAAGACAAAAGCGAGACCCUCCGACUCUAUUUGAACUUCUCCCACAUGCUUGCUCUCCGUCCUCGUUCCCCCCUUGUUCCCCUUCACCUCCUUAAAAUAAAUAAAAUGCCAGCAGAUUAGGCGGAGCAGCACAGCGCUGCUUUCUAAACCUCCCAGCUCUGAUAUGACCCCCCAAAGAAAAGCUGCCUCCAAAAAGGAUCAAAACUGCCCUGUUUACAGCAUGACAAGCACCAGCAGGGCUCUCCGUGCUCCGCCAUUUUGGAUCUGCCAGUCUCAGUUGCUGGCAGAGUCAUUGACACCAAAGGCACUUCAGCCACACAGUGCGGCCAUUGUCUGCCCCACGGCUCCCCACUAGGCCAAACCACUUGGUCUGAACCACUGACUGCCUGGCUGGCUGACUGUACGCAUCACAUGCUCCAGCAUCUGAUAAUAAACAGGAAGUAAUAUGCAGGGCGUAAAUCCACCGUAGGAUUGCAGAUUUAGAAUGUAUUAUGUACUUUGUCAUUUUCAUAACGCUGAAUGGAGUACUGUAGGCUUUAUUUUCCUGCCUGUGUAAAAAUGCGUGGCAUAGCUAGGUGUGAUUGCAUCUAUGUAAAUUAGGCAAGGGUGGUGUGAGCAUGCACACACACACACACACACACACACACAGUGACACACACAAUGUCCCCCAACACAUGCAGUCACUCUUAUUGUUGUAAGACAGUGGAGUACUGUUCACAUUCACAUGCUCACACAGUCACUGUGGCCGGUUUAGAGCCUGGCACAGUGGCUGAAUCAACGACAGGCAAGGUUCUAUCUGAACACGUACAGUAAGCAUUGCCUUGAUGAAGAACGGGAAUGAUUUACACGAUCAUAUCUGAGUGAUAUACAAUCUGAUAAAGUGUUUAAGCUAAUUGUUCUUAUUUAGGAUUUAUAAGGCAAAAAAAUGGUAUUUAGUCUUCUUUAAAGUGUAACUUAUAUCAGCAACAUCUUGGUGCCUUAAAAUGUUCUGCAGUGUACUGAUAAGUUUUGAUAAUGAAUUUAAUGCCAUACCUUUUUCAUAUAUGAUGCCAUAGUCUAAAUACCAAAGGUAUAAAAAGGGUGUCUGUGCAAUGAUGAUUUGUGUACAAAGAGAUAUUGUUUUACAUUCAGCCUCAGCUUUCCUGACUGGAAUGCUCUCUCUUCAUAAAAUGGAGAAAGGUGGAUCUGUUCAGUGUGAUACAUUGCAGUUUUACUGGUUUUGAUCUUGCGGUCAGAAGACUUGAACUACAUCUGAUUAUUUUUGAAGAGGUAGUUUAAUCAAAUUUGACCCUUAGCUUCUGCUUAAAGGAAGAGGUUUCACUAGAAUGCCCCAAAUAGAUCAUUUUCAGCUUUUUUUUUUAGAAAUUAAUUUGAGUUUUCAAGAUUGGAGCAUGAAAAAAGUGCCUGAAAUUAUUGACAUGAUUCGGUCACCCUAAAUUUUAAUAAAAACACAGAAAGCAGCUGGUUUGCUUAGCUUAGCACUAAGACUAAAUAAAGGAUUAAAGAUAACAAUAAUCACAUAUUAGCACCACUAAACGAUAUUAUGCUUCUGCAGCAGAGGCGGCUACAGUUUUAUGACCACAGUUCUAGGACCCUUGUUUUUAAGGUUUCCAAUUUAUGAUUUUAAAGGUUUAUUCCACCCAAAUAGUACUUUCUGUCUGAUGUUUUAACAUAGCUGCUACAACUGCAUGUUGGGGAAUUUAUCGAAUUUGUAUAAUUGGGUCAUUAGAGGUGAAAUAAAGGUGAAAUCAUAUACUAUGGCCUUUGCGGUCAUUAGAGCUCAAGCAGAUAUUUGCAAGCAACAACAGCCCUGUUACCAUCACAUCCACUAAGAAAUAAAACUUGAUUCUCAUUCUGAUUGUCCAUCUUGAUCCAAAAUGUUAUUCUUUAUUCAAUACACCAUUCCCAUAGUUGUAAAAAAAUACAAGGGUCCUAGAAAUCAAGUCUUAGAAAUGCAGCCCCAAAACUUGUAACGUCCUGUUCUGUAUGCUGUGACUCAUUUAAAAUCUGUUUGACGUAGAAACGUUCUCGAAGGAACACCUGAACUUAAGGUGUGAGCUCCAUGUUUGACAUCAAGAACUAUCACCUGCAAGUGUUGAAACUCCUCAUGGUUUGUACUGUUUUCAGCAGGAUGUACCACAACUCAAAUGACACUCAAGUUUUAAUUGUGGAUUCUUCAAACUCCAAAAAAAAAAAAAAGCAUCUCGGGAGAGUUUUAACCGAAACAAUGCAUACUGGGAAGUCUGCCGGCAUUCUGGUCUUGUUUCUUUGAAAACUUGAUUUAAUGAGUUGAUUAAACUCUCAGUCAUAAUAUAUCAAGUCCAAUGAUCUAAAAUCAGUCAAGAUGCUAAAAUCAGCUGUGAAUAUAAACUAGAUAUUUAUAGCUCAACUUGAAAUGUACAAAACUUUGGUAUUUACAUUAAGUUAACAAAAAAAUAUUAGUUGAUUUUGCUCAUUAUCAGCAAUUAGCUCAAGAUGGUUAGCAUAGCUGAAAUAACAUUUUAAUUUUAAUAAUCAGAAAGCAUUUAAAGGACUGAAAUAAGGCUAGAAAUAUUCACCUAUUCAAGCGCUUGUUGAUAGUUUUCAUGUCUGUGCAGUAAAACUGCAGUCACAUGGUUAGCUUAGCAUAGCGUAAAGCCCAGAAACAAAGGGAACUAGCUGCUUAGCUCUGUUCCCAGGUACAACCCCAAUGUGUUGUUGUUUCACUUUAGAUACUUGGAAUAAACCAAAGGAACAAGUAAUACCACGUUAUUACUUAAGUGUUAGUAGUUUUAAGUGAGCACAAAAUAUCCCCCCUGCUUUCAGUGUUUGUGCGAAUGUAAGCUAACCCGCUUCUAGCUGUAGCAUUUUAUAUAACCCACAGACACAAGAAUGCUAUCAGUCUUUUCAUCUAACUGGCAGCAUUACAAAGAGUAAUUGUAUUCCCUAAAAUGCCCAACUUUUCCUUUCAGAUAUCUCAUGGAACAAGAGAUAAAAAUAACUUCCACUUCCUCAACUACUCUCCCAGACUAGCUAGAGGCCCAUGAAUAGAAACACUGCUGAGGUCUACUCAAACUCUCAGAACUCAAAAUGAAUUACAAGGAAACAUAUACAAAUAAGGUGGAUAAGAUGUAGAGAACUUGUCAUUUUGUGCUAUGGUAUUAGUAUUUCAAUAUUUCACAUCAAAGCGUAGUUAAUAUUUUAUGACAGCAAGCGCAUAGUCAGUAAAACCAAUAAUCGUGCAGUCACUGGUCUGAUUGGACAGCAUGUGUAUCAAACAAUACCAUGCUUUAGGUACAAUAUGAAACCUGCAGGUAGUGAAAGCCGGCAGCAGCGGGAGGUCAAGCUUCGCGUCUGCAGCGGCAGCAGUUUGGCGCCGUUAUCAGAUUUAGCACGUUUCGUAUCUGCAUCCAAAUUCAGAAAUUGCAAAUGGCUAUUGAGCCGCUUCUGAAUCAAUAUGUAAUUUGUUGGCGUGGAGGAGUCUGUACACUUCAUAGCCGUUAGCUGUUUGGUACAUUGCGUUAUAUUGGAAGCAAUGUAAUGAACACCAUCUUUCAUUCUCGCUGCAGUAUAGAUUGUCAUAUGCAGAAUCUCACUUUUUUAUGCCAUUUUCGAGGCAGUGUUCAUGUAUAGAAACUUCUCUCUUACUGCUCUUUUUGUAUGACACACUCUGCCCUGAUGUUUACAUUUUUUUUUGGAAGCGAUGUGGAAUGUCGGAAAUGCAUGUCGUGCUUACUUGAUAAUUGUUUUGUACUUUUCUGUGUUGAAUUAAAACUGGAUUGAAGUUG